CUCCCCCUCCACCUCCACCUCCUCCCCCCACAACCCGCAGUGACUUCUUGGCGGCAGCGAAAGCCCUGGUGCCCAACUGCGAGGCCGGAGGGUACCUGCAGCUGGUCUGGCAACUGCAGGCUCUCGCCCAAGGCCACACGGGGAGGCCGCUGGACCCCAUGGCCGUCGGGCUCGUUGAGGCCAUUUCAUUCUGCAGAUACGGAUCCGCAGAAAACCCUCCGCCUUUGGCCGCGAACAUCUUCGUCGGGGGCGGCCCGGCGCAGCUCGACACUCCGGACACCUGGCCCGGCAUGAGUUAUCCAGGCCUGUAUCUUCACGACAACACCUCCACUCCUGAAAGACAGCCAGCUGUCGGCACGCCAGCUGGGACCGUGCCACCUGUGUCUUUACCUGAUGGCGCAGUGCCACCUGUUGCCUCGCCGAGUGGGGCGGUGCCACCUGUGGAUGCUCCGGAGGGUGCGCGCCCACCUGUUGCUUUCCCAGGUGUGGCGCUGCAGCCAGGAGACAUUCCUGCAGGAGACUUGCCACUGGAGGGCGAAGGGCCAGCUCUGCCUGACUCCGGAGGGGCAUUCCCUCCUCUUGAUACUCCCGAAGGGACAGUGCCACCUCUAGGCGCUGCCGAGGGAACAGUUCCACAGCUAGACAGCACUGAAGGGCCAGUGCAGCCAGUGGACGGCGCUCAAGGUGUAUCACCGGCGACGGAUGAUAGCCUGCGUCCAGUGGCCGUGGGAGAAGGUGACGGUGAUGAAGCUGGCGGGCCGAUUCCCGUCACGGAAGCCAAUGACCGCAACAGGUUCUUCUGCGGAGGCGCCCUCAUCACGCCCAGACACAUCCUCACCGCCGCCCACUGCGUCGCUACACAAAGGCCCGAUGUGAUCCGCCUGGGCGAGCGGGACUUCACGCGAAGCACCGAGUCCCGGGCCUUCGACUACCCGGUCCAGAGAGUCUCCAUUCACCCGGAAUACAACUUCCUCAGCAACUACUUCGAUAUCGCUGUGAUAGAGCUGGAGGACGAGGUCGAGUUCAACUCCGCCGUGCAGCCCUACUGCGUGCCCGCCUCGCCAGAGCCCUUGGAUGGCCUCACCUGCACGGUCUCGGGCUGGGGGUCGCGGCCCAACGAAUUUGCCUCGACGCUGCUGGUGAGCCUGGACGUUGAGGUGAAGAGCCUCGUAGAGUGCAACGACCUCUACUCCGCGGCGGAGGACGUUUUCCUGGUCAAAUACCCGCAGGGGCUGGAUGAUACUCUGCUCUGCGCCGGCGGCGGCACUGGCAAGGACGUGUGCAGGGGCGACUCAGGAGGGCCUCUGGUGCUGGGCGUGGACGGGCGCGAGACGGAGGUGGGCGUGGUGAGCGCGGGGCUCGGCUGUGGCGACCCUCGGUUCCCCGGCAUCUACACCCGCGUCGACACCUUCCUUGACUGGCUCGACCGCACGGUGUACGGUGUGUGCGCCCGCGCGGAGUUCGCUCUCCGAGCUGGAGCGGACACGGCGAGCGGCGCGGAGAGCGGAGCCAACCCGCCUCGCUGAUCAGAGAGGACAGUGCCCAAGGAUUGGAGCAAAUAUGUUCCUUAUG